AUGAGACUGUUUUUAAGUGGAGGUGCUGGUGUAGGUAAAAGUACUGGCCCUAAUGCUUUGUAUGAAGCUCUCAUAAGAUACUUAAAUUCUCAACCUCAGAAUGAUCCUGAUGACGUCAGUGUUGUAAAAGUAGCAUCAUCCGGCAAAGCUGCUUUCAACAUAAGAGGAAAUACACUUCAUUCCGCCUUUAAAAUUCCUGCAAACAGAGGAUUCAAUUAUUGUACACUAGAUAGAGACAGAUUCAAUACAAUAAGAUCUCAGUUACAGAGAAUGCAAGUUAUUUUUAUUGAUGAGAUAUCUAUGGUAGGAAGUGCUAUGUUUAAUUUUCUUGACUUACGAUUGCAACAAAUCGUGGGUACAAAAGAACCAUUUGGCGGUCUUAGCAUAAUAACAGUUGGCGACUUAUUUCAACUGAAACCUGUGUUCGAUAAUUGGAUAUUUGAGAAUUCCAAGGAUGGUUAUGCUGCAUUAGCAACAAAUCUCUGGCAAAAAUAUUUUCAAAUGUUUGAAUUAUCUGAAGUUAUGAGACAAAGGGAAGACAAAGAGUUUGCUGAGAUUUUAAAUCGUAUCAGAGAAGGAAAUCAUACAGAAGCUGACAUUAAAAUUUUGAAAGAAAGAAUUUUAAACAUUAGUUCACAACAUUCAACAUUCCUGAUUAUCCAAUAUCUUUAA